AUGAUGAUCUCUCUGCAAGACACUUUGCAGCUGAACAAUCAAGCUGUGGCACUUUACCAGUUGGAUGAUCUCCCUCUAGCUGCCAAGGCCUUAUACGAGUCGCUCCGUGUGUUGAAGCAACUCAUGAAGGGCUAUUAUCUAGAUGAUGACGUGAUUGCGGCCGCCAUGAACACUGCGCCCCAACAUGAAUGUUUGCAUACCACGGCACCGAAGGCUCGUUGUGAUGCAUCCACACAAAACGAGCCAUUUGUAUAUCAAAGUGCAUUGAUAUUGCAAGAAUCACCAGCAUCAUCGACGCAAGAUAUGACGCAAGCAAAGAUGACUAUCUACUGCGCGGGAGUUGCCUUCAACACCGCCAUUCUGCAUCAUCAACAAGCUUUCAAGACUGGAAGGUCAGCAUCCCUACAUCGAGCAGCUAAGCUAUACGAAUGUUGUCUUCAGCUCGUUGGGCAGUUUAUUCACGCAGGUUCCAACAACACAGUCUCACUUAUUACCAUGGCCGCCACCAACAACUUGGCUCAAAUCGAGUUGGAAAAGGGGCUUUUGGGCCAAGCAUGCAGAAGGCUACAGUUUCUAAAGGCUCUUAUUCAGUCUCUGCAACACACUGCCACUCGAAUGUUCACAGUGGAUGAACUCCAAAGCAUGAUAUCGAACACUCUAUCGGCAGAAGGCGUGAUUGCGUCACCAGCUGCCUAA